AUGGACCUGAAAUCCACUGAUGUCGGCAGGCAAAGCUAUGAGGAUGCCCGAGAUCUGGUCGCAUUCGGUCACACUGAAGAAUUGACAAGGAAGUUCUCGCCAUGGAGCAUGCUCGCUCUCUCUUUCUCCAUUCUGGGCACGUACGCUACGUUCGCCCAAGAUCUAGCAUCCGGAUUGACCAACGGUGGUGCCAUCACAAUCCUGUGGGGUCUCGUCCUCGUCUUUGUGUGUAACCUCUGCGUUGCACUUAGCUUGGGCGAGUUGUGCAGUGCUAUGCCUACUGCUCUUGGCCAGGCUUACUGGAUGCACUCAUUGUGGCAUACUCCAACGGGAAGAUUUGCAUCUUACAUGUGUGCCUGGAUCAACACCUUUGGCUGGUGGACCCUCAAUGCUUCCCUUGUGGCAUUUGCAACCAACUUCCUCCUCGGCAUCAAGCUCAUGUACGACCCAGAUUGGAAAGGUGCCGGCACGGGAUGGGUUGAGUUCUUGGUGUAUCUGGGCAUCACCGCGUUGUUCACAGGCUUCAAUCUCGUGGCCUGCAGGAAUGACAAGAUCCUACCCUGGUUCAACAACAUCGUUGGCAUUCAAUUUACUGCCCUGUUCUUCAUCCUCAGUCUCGCAUUGCUCAUCUCUGUCGGCACUAAGCAAGGACUCGAAUUCCAGCCACCAUCGUUUGCAUUCGGUGCUUGGAUCAACGAGACUGGCUGGCCGUCGGGUGUGGUCUGGUUCACUGGUCUUGUUCAAGCGGCCUACGGUUUGACAGCUUUCGACUCGGUCGUCCACAUGAUAGAAGAGCUCCCGAACCCUCGCGUCAACGCUCCCCGUGCCAUCUGGCUGUCGGUCGUCCUCGGCGCCGUGACUGGAUUCAUCUUUAUGCUCAUAUGUCUCUUCUGCAUCCAAGAUGUUGACAGAGUCAUCAACACACCAACCGGCUUGCCAUUCAUGCAACUCGUCCAGGACUGUGUUGGUCUUGAAGGCACUGCUGUGUUGAUGGCGCUCUUCAUCAUGAACAGCAUGGGCCAAGGCAUCUCCAUCACCACGACCGGUAGUCGAUUGACUUGGGGCUUCGCUCGCGACAACGGCUUGCCCUUUUCCAAAUACAUCAAGAAAGUCAACAAGAAGUGGAAGGUCCCACCACUCGCCCUGAUCCUCCAAGGCGUACUCAUGGGCUUAGUCGGUCUCCUGUAUCUGUUUGCGAACACUGUGCUCGAGGCUAUCUUGAGUGUCGCCACUAUUGCCUUGACAAUCUCCUACGCCAUGCCCAUCUUGACGCUUUUGUUUGUGGGUCGCAACAAACUACCUGCAGGCGGGCAGUUUGGACUGGGCAAAUACGGACCGGUGAUCAACUGGAUCAGUGUGGUAUACUGUGUCGUCACGACAGUCAUCUUCUUCUUCCCAGGCGAGCCCAACCCAUCACCGGCAGACAUGAACUACGCCAUUGCUGUAUUUGGCGUCAUGCUCGUCGUCUCUAUCGUCUUUUGGGUCGUCAAGGGUCGCAAGACGUACCUGCGAGUGGAUCCGUCCGAGCAAGUGGUGCUUGAAGCACUGCAUCUCGAGGAUAGUUAUACUGAGGUCCCUGCACCAUCACGAGGCGAUGCAAAAGUGAUGAGUUGA